CUAGGCCUCGAGCAGCCCAAUUCGACAAUCUCACCGACAACUUGGCAUCAAGCCUCUACACUCUACACAAACAGCCAACAUGUCUGACGACUUUGAGGCGGUGAGAAACAUCUCCGGCGACCAGGCCAAGGCAAUCCUCCUCUCUCUUUGCACCAACCAUGUCAUUCGUGCCAAGGUUGCCUCUUACGCCAAGCGACUUGAUCAAGAGGCAUCAAGCAAGAAUCGGAAACCCGGGUCUACCAUUGCCAUCUGUGUGCAGUGCGACCAACCGUUUUAUGAAGAGGAUAACGAUGAAACUAGCUGUGUCCAUCACGAUGGCUUGUUAGAAGUCAAUUACAAAGCUGAGGUCUGGGAGGAAAUUGACGAUGAUGGCCCGUUUGGCUAUGAGGAAGAUGUUCCAGAGGGUUUUAACUGGAACUGCUGUGGCAAAAUCGGCACCUCUGCCGGUUGUAUAAAGAGCCCGCAUCAGGCAGAUCCCGAAAAGUCAAGCAAAAGUGAUCAUGCUCCGGAGAGCAAGCCCCAGAAUGAUGAGUAAGGGGAGAUAUACCGGAGACGCAUUCGAAGGGUUAUCGCUGAGCGCUUGGGUGUUUUGAGCAGAGUAAGCCAAGGGACAAGGUCGCAACGGCUACGGAGUAGUGGUGCAAGUCUUUCAAUCGGGUGUUUGGUCCAAGAUAUGAGUGCAGUUUCUGGAGUAAUGGCAUUAUCUUUGCAGACUUAUCUGUGUCAUCCUUCACUAGUGAACUGAAUCUGUUGAAUAAGCAAUAUGUUACUGGAACACAUCUCGAGAUCAAAUUGAUG